AUGACCGCCCGAGCGACUUUUCUGCCCCUUUUUUGUUUUUUGUCCCGGCUUGGUGAACCGAAACCAAUUGAAAAGUGGUCCACCUAUAUAAAAAUCAGCGAAGGAAGCCUUUCAGAUCUUAGGAAGAGUUUUCUUCUUGACGGCUACGAAGGGUUUCAGGACAAAGCGCGCGAGUGUGGCAUUGACAAACUUAAUUUUUCGACUGGUGUGAAGCAUAAAAAGCCCGAUCCGCCGGAUUUCCCUAGUGGCAGACUUUUCACUGUCAGCUCGGAAGAUGAGUGGAAAAUCUACCAAGAUUUUAUGUUGGGCAAUGACGGAAAAGAAUAUGAGCUUGUCGGU